AUGGCCAUUGCUAAGCCGGUAAGCACACCUUUGGCGAGUCAUUUUAGGUUGUCUACUGCCCAAUGCCCAAGUACGGACGAUGAAGUUCGAGAUAUGUUGAGAGUCCCCUAUGCUAGCGCAGCGGGGUGUCUGAUGUACUUGAGGGGUACGACUGGGUAUGGCAUAGAGUUCAGAGCACAACAGAGUGAUCUGACAGUGGUGGGGUACGAGGAUACUGACUACGCCGGAGAUCUGGAUGACAGGAGGUCUACCACGGGGUAUGUAUUUACCCUUGUGGGGAGGCCCAUUUGUUGGAGGUUUAUGGUACAAUCGCUCAUGGCGUUGUCUAUUACCGAGUCGGAGUACAUGACAGUGGCUAAGGCUGUCAAGGAAACAUUGUGGCUUACGAGGUGGAGAUGCAACUCAUAUUCAGAUGCGGAUCACAUGUACCGGAGAAGGCUGCGUGAAGCAAGGGACAAUUGCAAGAGAAGAGGUUUCAGGCAAUACGCAGAAGGACUCUAG